UUGCCCUGUCGGAAACCCCGUGUCGUCCUCUCCGCGCGGCGCUGCGACACGACGCGAAACAUGCCGGCCAAAGGACCCCUGCAGUCUGUCCAGGUGUUCGGACGCAAAAAAACUGCUACGGCUGUUGCCCACUGCAAGAGGGGCAAUGGGCUGAUUAAGGUGAAUGGUAGACCCCUCGAAGGAGUUGAGCCAGCUACCCUGCAGUACAAGUUGCUGGAGCCCAUACUGCUGUUGGGAAAGGAACGUUUCGCCGGUGUCGACAUCAGAGUUCGCGUCAAGGGUGGUGGACACGUUGCUCAGAUCUACGCUAUUCGCCAGGCCAUCUCCAAAGCCCUGGUUGCUUACUAUCAGAAGUAUGUGGAUGAGGCCUCCAAGAAGGAGAUUAAGGACAUCCUGAUCCAGUAUGAUAGGACCCUGCUGGUGGCCGAUCCACGCCGCUGCGAGUCCAAGAAGUUUGGUGGGCCCGGAGCUCGCGCUCGCUACCAGAAGUCCUAUCGUUAAAGUUUCUGUACAUUUUUCACAAUAAAAAUGAGGGGAUGGUCACAUUC